CGCACAGAUAUAUACAUACAUAUAUAUAUAGAGAGAGGUCCCUUUCUUGUUGUCGAUUUCGUUUCUCUGUUUCUGGAUUUGACAGCGGAGGAGGAGGAGGAGGAGGAGAGAAACUGGACCCAUCUCUCUCUCUCUCUCUCUCCCUCUCCCUCUUCUCGUGAGGGCUGAUUCUUCUGUUUUCUCGAGACCCUUUUUUUGUAUGUGUUUUCCUGGAAAAUUAAUGGUCUUUUGAAAGCGGCAACAAUGGAUGUGAUGCGUAGGCUGAAGAGUUUUGCCUCUGGACGCACUUCUUCUUCUUCUGAUCUUGUAGGGGAUGUCGGCCCGACAAGAUCGAAUGUCAUCGACCACAAUCGCGAAGCUACAGCAGAAACGAAAUCGUCUGAGUGUAAUUCUGAGAAAACGCGAGAAACCGUAGCCACGACAGAAAAUUCAGGCUACGACGGGCUUCCCAAGGAAAUGCAAGUUCUGAAAAUGAGCGAAGAGAAGGAUAAUGGCGUCAUCAAGGGCAAUGGGACAGAACCUGGGAAGAUUAUUACCUCGAGAAAGAAGGGUCUGAAUGGUCAGAAAGACCAGAUCAUAUCAUACAGAGCUGAACAUGUUAUCGGCUCUGGUUCCUUCGGCGUUGUUUUCCAGGCAAAGUGCAUGGAGAAGGGAGAACGAGUAGCAAUCAAGAAGGUGUUACAGGACAAGAGAUACAAAAACAGAGAACUUCAGAUAAUGCGAAUGCUCCAUCAUCCUAACAUCGUCGAGCUUAAGCAUUCCUUCUUCUCUACCACUGAAAAAGACGAGCUUUAUCUUAACCUUGUUCUCGAGUAUGUGCCCGAGACUGCGUACCGAGCUUCAAGACACUACACCAGGUUGAACCAUCACAUGCCAUUGAUCAUUGUUCAGCUCUACACUUAUCAGAUUUGUCGUGCUUUGAACUAUCUGCAUCGAGUAGUUGGAGUCUGCCACCGUGACAUUAAGCCACAGAAUCUACUGGUCAAUCCGUAUACUAAUCAGCUAAAGAUAUGUGAUUUCGGGAGUGCAAAGAUGCUGAUUCCAGGAGAAUCGAACAUAUCAUACAUAUGCUCGAGGUACUACAGAGCUCCAGAACUCAUCUUUGGAGCAACAGAGUACACUACAGCAAUCGAUAUGUGGUCUGCAGGUUGUGUCAUGGCCGAGCUUUUCCUUGGACAGCCUCUGUUCCCUGGCGAGAGCGGUGUUGAUCAGUUGAUGGAGAUCAUUAAGAUAUUGGGGACACCAACCAGAGAAGAGAUAAUGAACAUGAACCCUCGUUACAAUGAGUUUAAAUUUCCUCAACUGAAAGCUCAGCCAUGGCAAAAGAUAUUCCGGAGAGAGUUGCCUCCAGAAGCAUUGGAUCUUGCUUCAAGACUCCUCCAGUAUUCCCCAAACAUAAGAUACACGGCUUUGGAAGCAUGUGCUCACCCGUUCUUCGAUGAUCUGAGAGACCCGAGAGCUUGUUUGCCAAACGGCCGAGCAAUGCCUCCAUUGUUUGAUUUCACAGCUCAAGAACUGGCCGGUGCUUCUGUUGAACUGCGUGAACGCCUAAUCCCUGAGCAUGCAAGGAACGAUUAAAUUUCGCUAAGAUGAUCAUGUUGUCUAUGCUCCUCGCAAUGUGAAUGAGUUUCAGAUGCUAACACUCUCGUCCUUGAGCUGUUCCUCCUAUUCCCCGGCCUCUAUAAGCCAUACAGUACAACCUUCAGAUGAUGGUCUAUGGAAACAAAUUAUGCUAGAAAAUCCUGAGGGUUUUUCUUGUGAAUUUGCUCAGGACUUCUUCCUAGGGCUACCCGGGAGAACGAUCCCUUCUCAUUGUAGUUUCGUGAUUCCAUUCACAUAAGGUUUAAAAUUUUGUUGCGGUAAAAUCUCUCAUGUGUAGCAGUCUUCUGGCUAUGAACCCUCACUGGCGUCGCUCUGCAGUGUAGCAUUGUGCAUUUAUCUGUAUAAGAUGAAAAGAUUUUGAUGCUA